CGUCAAUCAAUCCAUCAGUCCAUCAGUCGAGCAUCCUCAUGAUGUUUUGGUCUCUCUCCGCCCACAUGCCCUUGCGCUUCAUCUCAUCCUCCUGCCGCUGCCGCUCCUUGAGCUCACGGCGCUUCUUCUCGCUCAACCCGCCCCGCUUCUCGUUCUCCUUCUCGCGGUUCUCCGCCGCCUGCAGUGCCAGCUGCCGCCGCCGCUCACGCUCCUCCUCGCUGAUUCGGGGGUCCACGGACGGCGGCUUGUCGUACCGCUCCUGCCGUCCUACCGGCAUCCGUGGCGGCACCCGCCCGUUGGUGGUGUAGCCAUUCGACUGAUACCGAGGCGCAGAGAUGUGCGCCUUCUCGUCAACGGACGACGUCUGGCAGCCACAUGACGCACCCAUCCCUACUCACUGUGCUGACGCCGGAGAGAACGCAAAAGCGGAGGAAAGGC